CCCCCCCUCUCUCUCUCUCUCUCGCUCGCUCGCUCGCUCGCUUUCUCUCUCUCUAUCCGUAGCGCAACCCUAGCUCCGCCUCUCGAUUUCCCUUCGCGGCCCGCCGACCUCCCCGAUUGCCGGCCCUCCUCUGCCGUCCGACGCGCCCGGCCCGCCGAUUCUCCGUCGGAAAACAAGAUAAACUAAAUGGCUGGCUACAUCGGAGGAGAGUCUUCUUCGCAAGGACUACAGCAGCAACAGCAAGAAGAAGGUAUGGGAGGUCGAUGGUACUUGUUGCGAAAGGAGAUUGAAGAGAAUUCGCCUUCGAGACUAGAUGGAAUUGACCUCAAGAAGGAGACCUAUCUACGGAAGUGCUAUUGCACCUUUUUGCAGGAUCUUGGCAUGAGGCUCAAAGUGCCUCAAGUAACAAUAGCUACGGCAAUUAUAUUUUGUCAUCGGUUCUUCCUCCGACAAUCACAUUCAAAGAAUGACAGAAGGACAAUUGCAACUGUGUGCAUGUUCCUUGCUGGGAAAGUUGAAGAGACUCCGCGCCCACUGAAAGAUGUUAUACUUGUUUCUUAUGAGAUAAUCCAUAAAAAGGAUCCUGCUGCAGCUCAGAGGAUCAAACAGAAGGAAGUAUAUGAGCAGCAGAAAGAGCUAAUUUUACUGGGAGAGAGGGUUGUACUUGCCACCUUGGGAUUUGACCUAAAUGUUCACCAUCCGUACAAACCUCUUGUUGAAGCAAUAAAGAAGUUUAAGGUUGCGCAGAAUGCACUUGCUCAAGUGGCAUGGAAUUUUGUGAAUGAUGGACUGAGGACAUCGCUCUGCCUGCAAUUUAAGCCCCAUCAUAUUGCAGCAGGUGCUAUAUUCCUUGCUGCCAAGUUCCUCAAAGUGAAGCUCCCAUCAGAUGGUGAGAGGGUCUGGUGGCAAGAGUUUGAUGUCACCCCACGUCAAUUAGAGGAGGUUAGCAAUCAGAUGCUGGAACUAUACGAGCAAAACAGGGUUCCUCCAUCUCAAGGGAGUGAAGUUGAUGGAAGUGGCGGUGGCGGUGGGUCAGCUCAUCGGCCCUCUUCAAAAGUUUCAGGGGCAAAUGAGGAGCAGGCCUCGAAGCAAGUGUCCUCACGUGCUGCACUUGACCAUUCGGUCUCUGACUAUCAUGGGUUACAUCAGAGACCUGCUCAAAAUCAUGGUGCCGAUCAUGCUGAUGUGGGUAGUGUUAUUACUGAUCAAAGGGUUGAUGUGGGAGCUAAAGAGAACGCAAGAGAGCAUCCCGAUCAAUUUCCUGGUAAAGACAACACGAGAGAGCAUCUUAACAAAUACAAGGCAGAUUCGGAACAUGUUUUUGGAGAAGAUCAAGAAAGAAGUAGCAAAAGAAAUGAUUUUACAGAAGAAGGGGAGUGGAUAGACGCUGCAUCACGUAAAUCAGUUGUCAAUCGAAAUCCAGAACUCCGGGAAGGAUCAGUUGGUCAGUCGCCAAAGGAAGCCAUCAAGAUUGAUAAGGACAGGGUUAAGGCCGCGCUUGAGAAAAGGAGGAAGGAGCGUGCAGAAACGACAAAGAAAAAGGAUGUUAUGGAUGAGGAUGACCUGAUUGAGAGGGAGCUAGAGGAUGGUGUUGAGUUGGCAGUGGAAGAUGAGAAAAUCAGGAGGGAAAGAAGACCAAGCUGGUCUAGAAGUGACGAGCUUGAUCAUGAAAAGGACCAUGAGGAUAUGGGAGAUGGGAAAACCCUGAUAACAAAGGGUCAGUCAUCAAGAAGAGCAGAAGGCGAAUAUGCGGAGGAAGGGGAAAUGCUGGAUGAUGCUUCACCUAUGCCGAACUCACGCAAAAGAAAAGGAAGCCCAAUUGAUAGACAAAUAGAAGGAAAGAAGCGGCAUGAACACCUAUCAAAUUUGAACCGAGAAACUGGAGAUGACGGACACAGGAUGGGUCGCGUUGGUUAUGGAGAGAAGGAUCAUAGAAGGCAUGGCCCUGAAAAUGGCUAUACUGCAGAGAGGGAGCACAGAAGACAUGCGUUAGAGACUCAUCGAUCAUGAUGGUGUGGUGCGUAUUCCUUGUCGAGCAAUGUCAGAUUGCAUUGUUUUAGUGGGCAGUAUUAGUAUGUCACGUAUUGCAACUGACUGUAUUGGGCACAUUAUUAUACCGGAGGACUUGUCCAUGGAUUGAAGGGACUUGCUGCAUGCAGCAACUGUGGGACAUCUCCGAAGAAGCCAAGAGUUUUAUUUACUGAUUUGUUUCUUUAAGUCGGAGUAAGGAACAUAUGCCGUAUUCAAACUUAUUCCUGCAUUUGGGAUUCCUGCGUCACGUCAAAAUGUUGUGCAUGUCGCUGCACCUACUGAUGAUAUGUGUCCGACACUUACUGGGUUUGAGCUAAUGCUUAUCACUAUACCCGAUAGUGUUGCUGAGAUUCCUUAAUUGUCGAUAACUAUACGUACGCAAGCUGUAAGAUCAUGUAUUAAAUGACAAUUUUUCGCUAGUCUUGAUGCGAACUGUAUGAAGAGCAACUAUAUCUCUCCUUUCUGAA